GGUUCCAGCCCCGCGAUGCGCCGGGGGUGGCCCAUUGCUGUUAAUGUUUAACGCCGGUGCCGGGCCGCGGCGGCCGCGGGACGUCGCGGUGACCCCCGGGGCCGGAUCCCACCAUGGAACGGGCAGCGGGGCUCAGCCCGGAUACAGGGAAGCGAAGCAGCCACCGGAUGCACACAGGGGACCCCCAGCACCCCAAAUCCCCUGGGAGCCAAUGGCCAAGGAACCGGUGGCAGCGGCAAACACCGGCACCAGCACCCUUGGGGGCCGGCACCAUGGCCCCCUCCUCACCAGCAUCACCUGCCUGGCUGAGGCCCCGCUCAUCAUCCUCACCCUCCCAGCACCACUCUGCCUGCUCCUCAGCCUUGUGCCGCUCCAGAUGGGGAAGCACCGGGAUGUCCUUGGGAGUCCUGCCACCACCGGGCGUGGGGACAGCACCGGGUGAUCCCCCCCUGCACCCCCCACCACGGCGGCCGUGCAGCCUCACCCCCCUCCCUGAUGUUCUGAAGCCUCCGGCAGCCCACCCCCGGCGCGUCACCUUCGAGGAUGAGGUGGUGGCAUCAGAGAGACCCACAGAGAGCAUCUCCUCUGCCAAGGGCCGGGAGAAGCCGGGGCCCAGCUCUGUCCCACCCAGAUGGGCACCUCGGCCACACGACGCUCUCCCAGACUACGUGGUAAGGUAUCCGGCGAUCCGAAGCUCCCAGCAGCGGGAAGGCUACAAGGGCGUCUUCCAGGAUCAGCUGUGGGAAUACACAGAUCUGCUCUGGGAGAUCCGCAGCACGCUCCCCAGGGAGCUGGAAGCCAGCAGCACUGGCAAGGCACCAGCAGCACAGGGGGCCCAUUGGGGCCCUGCUCCAUCAGGCCAAGCCCCCAGGGCUCCCGGAUGUGUCUUUGCCCCGCAGGAUGGGAGCAGGAUGGCCCAUGUCUUGCAUGAGUACAUGAGGAAGAAGGAUUGGGCCUUCCUGGCCAAGCAGCAGCGCUGUGAGUACCUGAAGCAGAAGCUGAUGCACAUCAAGGCACGGAUCCAGGAGUAUGACCGUGACUGCGCUGGAACCUUCUGAGCUUCCGCACUGACACCGUGGUACUGGCACCGGGAUCCCAGGAGGGACCGCAGGGGCUGGGUGCUGGGGAACGGGGUGAUGAUGCUGCAAUUGCACCCACCUGGGCACUGAGAGUGAACCCAGGGCUCCCCAUGCUGCUGGUUUUGGGGUCCUUUGGGUGCUCUGUGCUCUCAGGGAGCCCCAGGAACCGGGUAGGUGCUGCCUGUUCCUGUGUGGGAUCCAAGCCCUGGCUGCACCCUGUGUGAUUUGGGG